CUUUUUAUGCUAUAUUUCUCCGAAGUUUAAAGCUUGAAAUGGUAUAUCAUUCUUUACCCAAAAUUGAAAUGCCUUUCUUUCUUUUCUUUCUUUCUUUCUGAACACGAGGUGUUUGAUUGACCUUAUGUCAAUAUUUUUGCUAUGUUGUUUAGCCGCUAGAUAGAAUUGUAUAAAUCCAAUGAAGUAACGCGGAAGUAUUUGCAAGUCAGUAGGGUGGGGCGGAACUAUUUAAAAGAUGCUGCAUAACUCUUAGGUCUUCAUUUAAAUUGAGAGUACCUUAUUUCUGUGUUGAACUAGAAUAGUUAGGGUUCUAUUCGCUUGUAAAAUCUAUCUUGUGUAUUUAUUUGGAAAUGUUGCUUUAUUUGGCAUUUAUUUUGUGAUAUUUUUAUAAAAUGUUGUCACUUGUUCUUUUGGAUCACAUUUAACAAAAAACUUCGCUAUAAAGAUUAGAUUGCAUUAGAGAUCAUUUUUGAGUCCUUAUUUGUUUGAUCUAGUCUUGGAUAUUUUGAUUGAGCAUAUUUAAGAGAAAAUCCUUAAAUAUAGACUUUUGGCAGAUGAUAUAGUUUUUAUUGCAAAGAUAAGAAAAGAGAUUAAUUGUAAACUUGAGUUAUGGAGGAGGACAUUGGAGUCAAAAAUUUUCCACCUGAGUAGGGGUAAAACGGAAUAUCUACAUUGUAAUUUUGGUAAGAGGUCAAUGAGAAGUAAUUUGGAAGUAAAAUUAGGUGAUUAGAUCAUACUUCACGUGGAAAAGUUUAGAUGUUUGGAAGUCAUUGAUUAUUCAACAUAAUGGGAAAAUUAAUGGAGAUAUUGUACAUAGGAUACAAAUUGGGUGGUUUAAUUGGAGAAAGGCUAAAUGAGUUCUUUGCAAUCGUAAGGUACCUAACAAACUUAAAGAGAAGUUUUAUUGAAUUGUUAUAAGAAUAACAAUAUUAUGUAGUAGUGAAUGUUGAACUUUAACAGGACAGCAAGGGCAUAAAGUUGGAGUAACAGAUGUGAGAAUGUUGAAAUGGAUGUGCGGAUAUACAUGUAAAGACAAAAUUCGAAAUGAGCGAAUGCUGGAAAAAGUGGGCGUUGCACCUAUUAAAGGAAAACUGAUAGAAAAUCAUUUGAGGUGGUUUGGAUAUGUAUAAAGAAAACUACGGGAGACAUCUAUGAGAAGAGUGAAAUAGAUGACUGUGAGCCCUGUCAAAAAAGAUAGAGAAAAGGCCAAAGAGAACACUUUUGGUAGUUGUUAAAUGAGAUAUUUUAAUUAAUAAUAUUUCUAAAUGCUUAACAAAUGAUAGAGCACAAUGACAUUAUAUAAUCUAUGUAGCCAACUCCACCUAGUGGGAUAAGGUUUGUUGUUGUUGAAUUAAUGUUCUUUUCCAUUUUUUCCACUGUUGUGUAUUUUCAUGUCGAUUUGGCUUUGUAGAAAGCAUGUGAUGUUGGAGAGUAGAACAUUGCUAUGAACUGGAUUCAAAUAAUUGGUCAUACAUGAAUCUUUUACAUUUUAAGUUCUGACCCAUCUGGCCAUCUCCCAUGGUAUACAAAAGUAUUGUACUAAUGGCUUCUCUCUUGCUGUUAUACUUGUCAUUCAUUUCAAGGAUAAUCGGUCUGACAUGGAUUUGAAUGGCAAGACUCAUUGUAGGAGGUCUGUCAGACGAUUGACUGGUGAUGCAAAAUUUCUUCUCGACUUCAUCAUGAAUACUUACUUGGGGCCUGAUGUCAAGUCUGAUGAGCCUAGAUGUUCAGCAGCUCAAAGAUUAGCAGCAGGUUUGCCGCCAUAUACUUUGAUUGAUCUGGGACCUUCAUAUGUUAGCAUUUCUCUUCUGGAGAGAUUAUAUUACCAUGUCAUGAGAGAUGCUCAACCUGACCUAGUGUCAGAGCGGAAUUUGUUGCAUAUGUAUCUAAAAGGAAAGUUACCAUUGCCUAGUCCUGGGUCAGUAGAGGAGUGUCAGCAGUUCACAAGCUUUUUUCCUUUGAAUCUUCAUGAACAGAUAUGGUACCCUGAUAGCUUCAGAACUAUCAAAGGCGUUGUGUUAAUUGUUGAGCCGGCUACGUCAUACAUGAAAGAGGAGGAUAUUAAAAGAUUCAAAUAUUUAACUGGUGUAAAUAGUUUGAAGAUAGAUAUAAAUGCAUGUCUGCAUACACAACUUGGUUCUCAAGCUAGCAAGGAAGGUGAGCAUAAUCAUGUCAACAAAGAUCAGACGGCUAUUUCAAAUGGGGAAUGCCCUCAGUUUCAGCAAAAUAACAAGCAGAAGUGUAUUAAUGAUCCUCCACCAAUAACUAAAUUUACUGGUGUAUUUCCUAUAGAACGUGAUGGUAAGAGAGAUUCUUCCAAGAGGGUUUGCAAAUCUGAUGGACCUGCCUUGAUGCCCGUUCUCCCUAUUCCAGGCAUAGAUGAUUGUGAUAUAGAUGCUUCUCUUCAUUUAACUGGCACUGCCAGAAGAGGAUUGUUAGGUCCACCUGUUGGUGUUGUGGAUAUUGGUAUCGGCAAAGUUGCAUAUCUAUUCCGAGUUUCUUUACCUGGGGUGAUGAAAGAUCAUGCUAGUCAGUUCAGUUGUGAGAUUGAAUCUGAUGGGAAGGUUCAUAUCCAAGGGUUGUUAACCGGUGGAAGAACUAUAAGGAAAAACUCACGUGUUUUCCAGAUCAAAAUCCGGUCCUUAUGCCCUCCUGGACCAUUCACCCUCUCUUUCAGUCUUCCUGGACCUGUUGACCCGAGACUUUUGGCACCUAACUUUAGGUCUGACGGCAUUUUUGAAGCAGUUGUUAUCAAGCAGAAGUAACUGGCCCGAGCUUAGUAGCUGAAUUUCGCAACUCCCAAGGAAUUCUACAGCUCAGAACUCAGAAUUCAGCUUUUUGAUAUUUUAGGCAGAAUCUAGGUUUGACUCUUGCUGCUGUAAAAUGAUGAUGAGUUGACUUCAUUCUGUAAUUAUAAAGGGCCUACGAUGAUCUAGUCAGUUCUUGAUUUCAUUUAA